CUCGAUAAUUAUUUUAUUUUCCGUCACGAUUCAUUCGUUCAGUCAACACACUCGCACCUCGCAUAAAACUUGUCUGCAAGUUAAACCAUUAGUUUUCGUGUAUUUAUCGAUUAUUUAAUAGCCUUUUUGUUGAAAUAUCUAGCGUAGUAACUCAUAAAUCAAGUGUUAUAUGUAGAUACCUUAUUUAUUUUGGUAAAUAUAGUGCUUUUCGUGUAAACAUAUCUAGCUAUUGUAAUAAUGCCGUCAGGAGGUGACUAUUUCGUUAAACACUGGAUCCGCAGCCACCAGCGCGCCCCCUCGGGCUCCCGCGACUUCAAAGAAGCCACCAAGCGGGAUGCCCUCGCCCGGCUCGAGGUGGAACUGGAGAAGCUGGUGUCCGGGGUGCCCGACACCAGGCGGCCACUCGUGGAGAAGGAGUAUCGCGGGUUCAAGAAUCUGUUUGCCCGGUUCUUGGCUGAGCAGGGUCCAUCAGUGGACUGGGACAAGAUCCAGCGCUUACCCGAGGGCGCGGUCAUUGACUACGCCACCCUCCCCACCCCGACCACUGAUAAUGUCCACCACAUGCUGGAUAAACUCGUCGUGGUGAAGCUCAACGGAGGACUGGGCACCUCCAUGGGGUGUAAGGGGCCGAAGUCCGUGAUCCAAGUGCGAAAUGAACUGACGUUCUUGGAUUUGACUGUGCAGCAGAUUGAGCACCUCAACAAGACCUACAAAUGCAACGUGCCGCUAGUCCUCAUGAACUCGUUCAACACUGAUGAAGACACCCAGAAGAUCAUUCGCAAGUACAAGGGCCUCAAGCUGGAGAUUCACACCUUCAACCAGUCAUGUCAUCCCAGGAUUAACAGGGAGUCUUUACUGCCGGUGGCCAAGGACGCUAAUGUUAUGGAUGAUAUUGAGGCUUGGUACCCCCCUGGCCACGGAGACUUCUACGAAUCCUUCACCAACUCCGGCCUUCUAGACAAAUUCAUCAAAGAAGGGCGGACUUACUGCUUCAUCAGCAACAUCGACAACCUCGGGGCCACCGUCGACCUCAACAUCAUGAGCCUUCUCCUCAACCCUGACCUCAAGAAACCUGUCUCAGAAUUCGUCAUGGAAGUCACAGAUAAGACUAGGGCUGAUGUCAAAGGAGGGACUCUAAUCCAGUACGAAGACAAGCUAAGAUUGCUGGAAAUAGCCCAGGUCCCGAAAGAACAUGUGGAUGACUUUAAGUCAGUCAGUCAGUUUAAGUUCUUCAACACAAACAAUUUGUGGGCCAAACUGGAUGCGAUUCAACGAGUUGUCAACCAAGGCUCUCUGAAUAUGGAGAUAAUUGUCAACAACAAGCAUUUGUCGGACGGUUUGAAUGUAAUUCAGUUAGAAACAGCUGUGGGAGCGGCUAUGAAGUGUUUUGAGGGAGGUAUAGGAGUGAAUGUGCCGCGAAGCAGAUUCUUGCCCGUGAAAAAGACAUCGGAUCUGUUGCUAGUGAUGUCCAACUUGUACAGCCUGUCUCAUGGGUCACUAGUGAUGUCCGAACAGAGGAUGUUUCCCAGUACACCCCUAGUGAAGUUGGGUGACAAUCAUUUCGCGAAAGUGAAGGAGUUUCUGAAUAGAUUCGCGACUAUUCCUGAUCUCAUCGAGUUGGAUCACUUGACGGUGUCUGGAGAUGUCACGUUUGGAAGAGGGGUUUCUUUGAAGGGUACCGUGAUCAUCAUAGCCAACCACGGAGACAGAAUAGACAUCCCUUCAGGCGCCGUUCUAGAGAACAAGAUCGUGUCAGGGAACCUACGCAUCUUGGACCAUUAGAUGGAACUCCAUACAUAACAGUUGUCAGUGCAAUGGAAAAAAAACGGCACAAACGCGAAAGAAAAUUUACAUUGAUGGAUAAGCACUGAAUUAUAAGAUGAAUUUCGCAUUAAAGCAGCAAUGGAUAGUCAAAUUACUUAAUUAACUUACACGGAAAUGAGAUAGCUAUAGGUGCUUUGAGUGGAAAUUUUGCACAUCACAGUUUACUGAGUCUUAUUGUAGCUAUUUGGAAGAAUAAAUAAUUUAUAAAACUAUGUUCCAAUCUAGAACAAUGUUGUAAUAUGUAAAUUGGUAUGAACAUGAA